AUGGUUGCAUCUUUGAAGUUUUUCCUGAGUAGAGAUGAGGAAGAAAAGGAAGAAAAUUCUGACAGUGAUGAUGACAUUGAUCCAAGGGAUACUAUGAUAUCAAAUAAAUUUAAUAAGAAAACAAGAAAAAGAGAAAAGAUGGUAGAUAAAGUUAAGAAAAUUGCUAAAAAAAUGAAGAAGAAGAAAGAAAAGGCACCAGUGUUCAAUUUUUCAGCGCUACAUCUCAUAAAUAAUCCUCAAGGAUUUGCUGAAAAAUUAUUUAAACAAAUGGAGUCAUCAAAUGAUAGAUUUGAAGUCAAAUUAAUGUCAUUAGACGUUAUUUCAAGGCUGAUUGGUUUGCAUAAUUUGUUUCUCUUCAAUUUUUACCCAUUCAUAGCUAGGCUAAUUAUGCCUCAUCAAAGGGAAGUGACAAGGAUUUUACAGUUUGCAGCUCAAGCAUCACAUGAAUUAGUACCACCCGAGGUUAUAGAGCCAGUAAUGAAAGCGAUAGCAAAUAAUUUCAUAACUGAGAGAAAUUCUACUGAUGUGAUGGCUGUUGGGCUAAAUGCUGUUAGAGAGAUUUGUGCAAGAUGUCCUCUUGCUAUUGGAGAAGAUCUCCUUCGUGAUUUGGUCCAAUAUAAGACAUACAAAGAAAAGUCAGUUAUGAUGGCUGCUAGGUCUCUAAUUCAACUAUUUAGGCAGUCUAUGCCAAAUUUAUUGCAUAAAAAGGAUAGAGGGAGGCCAACAGAAGCGCUUUCAGAAUUAAAGCCAAAACAAUAUGGUGAAUUGGAUAUAAAAAAUUAUAUACCUGGAUCAGAGGUUUUGUUAGAGAAAAAACAAGACAAAGUUGAAGAUAAAAAAAAUAAAAAGUGUUCUAGUAAAAAGAAUAAUUCAGAUGACGAAGAUUGGAUUGAUGUUGCUUCAUCUGAUUCUGAGAUAAACAUUUCUGAUACUGAAGAGAGUAGUUGUGAAGAUGAUGAAGAAGAAGAAGAAAUAAAAGAUGAUAACAACGAUAAUCAAAACCCUGAAAGUACCUUAAAAGAUGGUGAAGGCAAGCAAAAAGGGAAGCAAAAAGCUUCAAAGCAAGAAAUGGAAGAAAAAGUUGAAAUAGCUCGUAAUAUUGCAAUGGACACAAUAUUUACAGAUGAAGACUUUAAACGCAUUGAGGCAGCACAGAUAAAGAAAUGUGUUAGUGGAGUCAAAAGAAAAAGAAAUAUUCUCGAUGAAGAGAACAAUGAAUCAACUGAACUUGUACAACUGUCAGCUAUUGAGAACAUUCAUAAAAAAAGAAAACAUGAUAAAGAUGCUAGGUUAGAAUCUGUACAUAAGGGAAGAGAAGAUAGAAUUAAAUAUGGUUAUAAAGACAGAAGGAAGAAUGAGAACUGUUCUAAAACUAAUAGAGAGAAAAGAAAAACAAAAGCUUAUCAAAUGGUGAAACACAAAGCAAAAGGCAAAAUUAAGAAAUCCUUUAAAGAAAAACAAAUUGCAUUCAGAAAUUAUUUGAUCAAACAAAAGAAAAUGAAA